UUGCAAACAAAAUUAUACCAACAAACAAAUUCAGAGAUACAAAAGUUAUGAAUAGAUAAAUCCUUUUUUAAUUUAUAAUCCUUCCUCAAUAAUGGAUAAAAUAGUCUUAACACAUAAUUUCAACCAAUGUCGUACAUGUCUGAAUAGAGGCCAUAAUUUGCAAUCUCUUGAAGAAAUGACUCAAAUUGAAACAGCGCAAAACAUAUCGUAUGCAUUUGUAUUAAACGAAGUGGCUAAAAUAAAUGUUUCAUUAGAUGAAGAUAUGAGAAAUGAAAUGCCUCAUUCCAUUUGUAAUUGCUGCAUACAAAAAUUAAAAUCUGCCUAUGCUUUCAUACGGCAAGCUAAAAAUGCUAAUGAGCAACUAUGCUCACUGCACAGCCACAAUCAAUCCUUGGAUUGCUUACAAGAAUCCGAAAUAGACAUUAAUGCGUGUCUAGAGAUAAAAUUGGAAAAUGAAAAGGCGGCAAUUUCAGAAGAAAGCAAACAUGAACAUGAUAAUGCUCCAACGCCAGAAAGUAUACAUGGACAACAAGUGCAUGCAAUUCAAACUUCUGAAGAAAAUGAGUUACAAUUACAGAUAGAUCUUCACUGUGGGCCCUAUCAGGAUUCUGAUUCAUCAGAAGAGCAAUUGGAUGAUGAACCCUUUCAAGAUGCAUUGCCAAAUGAUUAUGAAGAACCAGCAAAAACUUAUAAGAAAAAACAUAUUACAAAAGAUGAAGAUAAUAUAGCAGUGCCAUGCUUAAAGUGCAAUAAAAUUUUUAAUAAUUCAAAAGAGCUAACACGACACCUGCGAAAUACCCACCUGCCUGAAGAUCAGAAAUGUGCAUGUCCAUUAUGUGGCAUAAAAUUUACUCGUCCCUGCAAUAUGUACAAACAUAUGCGUACGCUGCAUGACCCAGAACAAGUUAGGCCAUUAUUGCCUGGAAAGGAGAAACCCUUUCAAUGUGAAAAAUGUCCCCGUAGAUAUACACAAAAAAGACAAUUGAAUUGUCACAUCAAGGACAAACACAAAAACGGAGAGGAGUCGAAAAACGAAUCUUUCAAAAGCACACCAAGUGAUACAAAAAAGAAAUCUGAAGUAAGACCACUUUGUUUUGUAUGUGGCAGUUCAUUCUCAAACAAAGCACAUCUAAUUGUACACAUGACCCGCCAUACUGGCGAAAAACCUUUUCAAUGCGAUUUAUGUGACAGAGCGUUUCCUCGUAUAUCAGACUUGACCUGCCACCGGCGAAUACACACAGGCGAAAAACCGUUUAAAUGUAAGCUAUGCGAAAAGGCCUUUAGAGUGUCCACAAAGUUAGCCACUCACAUGCGUUCACAUACCAACGAAAGGCCUUAUAAAUGUAAACAAUGCGAACGCACUUUUAAAUAUUCCAAGGAUUUGAAUAUACACAACAGGGUUCAUACGGGUGAGAGGCCAUAUUGCUGCACAGUGUGUGGCAGCACAUUUACACAAAGUAAUUCUCUAAAGGCACAUCGUACGAAAUUGGGUCAUAUGGAUGAAGAGCCAUCAUCGUUAAUGCAUUUUAUAAGUUAAGCCAUUUGAAUAUGGCAUGUUCCAUAAAAGAAUAAAACUAAUACUACAAAUCGUU